UAUUGCUUUUCUAUGUAUCACAAGCACUGAUUGGUUUGUAAAUGGCACGGGGAAGGGAUUUGGCCAAUCAAGGACUGUGUACAUAAAUUGAAGGCGAUACGUUUCACAACACCGCAAACAUCAUCAUGGACGGCGCACGUGGGGAAUCGUCGGGCAAUCUUUGCUCGAAAAUUGUCGCCCAACUGAAGGUGUUUGUGAGCAGUAUUUUCACCAUAAACUUCCUGAAGGUUUUCCUGGGCGGUCAGGUCCUGUCUCUCCUCAUCUGUGGUACGGCCAUCACCAGCCAGCUCCUGCACGAUCGCUACGCCGUCAGCGCUCCCACGGCCCAAUCCUUCCUCAACUACCUGCUCCUGGCCAUAGUCUACUGCAUCGCCUUGUGCUGCCGGAAGGACCGACAGGACAACUUCUACCAUGUGUUCCUGUCGCGCUGGUGGCAGUACAUUCUUGUGGCGUUGGUGGACGUAGAGGCCAACUAUCUCGUAGUCAAGGCGUAUCAGUUUACCACACUGACAAGUGUCCAGCUGUUGGACUGUAUUACCAUUCCAGUGGUGUUGAUACUGUCUUUUGUCAUUCUGAGGGUCUCGUUUCGCAUCAACCACAUCGUGGGCGUAAUGAUCUGCAUCAUUGGUGUACCUCUGAUGAUCUGGGCUGACAGCAUCCUGGGCAAGAGUGAUACAGAAGAUAAACCGCAGAAGGUUCUAGGGGAUGCCUUAUGUCUCAUCGGAGCUAGCUUGUAUGGUAUCUCUAAUGUCGCUGAAGAGUACGUCGUGAGACGGUUCACCAGGGUGGAAUUCCUUGGAAUGGUGGGCCUGUUUGGGACGUUCAUCAGUGGCACGCAGCUACUGAUCCUAGAGAGAGCUGAACUCACCUCCAUCACCUGGACCUACGAGGUCGUCCUCCUCUUCCUUGCCUUCGCCAUCUGCCUCUUCUGUCUCUACUCGCUCUUCCCCCUAGUCAUCAAGUGGAGCAGCGCCCUCGUGGUCAACCUAUCCAUCCUGACGGCCGACUUCUACUCGCUCAUUGUCAGCAUCUUUGUCUUCCAGUAUGCGUUCAACGGCCUGUACGUGGGAUCCUUCAUCGUCAUUGUGCUUGGCAUCGUAGUGUACGGCAUUCUCCCACCCAGGGAAUCCCAACACAACUUGUUCCGGCACUGCAGUUGCCUCAAUAGCUACAGCCUGUUCCACAACGACUACGGCACGAACUCAGAAAACGAGAAUCCGGACUUGACGGUGACCUCGGGGGACGGGGAGCUGACCGAGGAAGAGAGGGACAAGUGGCACCGGGCGGCCAAUGAGUCAUUGAACGAAAGAAACUGUGAAUCACAGGCUUGAUGUGAUUGGCUGGCUAGAAUGUCUCAGAUGCAACAUGCUGCGUGAUUGGCCAAUACAGUAGAGAUCUUUUUGGAUGGCUAUGUGAAAUCUUUUGUGGAGUAAGGCACUCUAUGCUUGGCCCAUUAUUUGUUGUUGUUUGUUAUUUAGCAUAUAGUUAUCGUUAUUUAUAGAAACCAAAAAAGCAUAUAUUCAUGAAAAUGUUCACGAAU